AUGUCUGUUCCAACCGGGAGUGACACGGUUGGGGGAAUGACAGAGAAUGUCACUGGCGAGAUCAAAAAUCCUCUCGCCGGAAUCCCUCAUGACCAGCUUAUGGCCAACGUGACCGCAUAUGCCGCUGAGUAUGACCUGCAGGAUAUCGUGCCUCUUCUCAAGAAAGGUGCUUUGGUUGCUCAGUCUCCGGGAAAUAUUGAUGAUGUUGCCGAGCUCAGUAAUGACGACCGUCGCGUUCUUUCUGAGGAGGAGACCCAUCGAUGGAAGCACCCUUUCGCACUGUACUACACAAUUAUCUUGAACUCAAUCUCAGCCGCCAUUCAAGGCUGGGAUCAAACUGGUUCGAAUGGUGCUAACCUGACCUUCGAUGUCCAAUUCGGUAUUCCUAACAGCGGCUGCUCUGAUGCCGCCGUCUGCAAGCGUAACCAGUGGAUCGUUGGGUUUGUUAAUGCAACUCCAUACAUCACCAUCUGUCUCUUCGUUGCUUGGCUCUCUGAUCCCUUGAACCAUAUCCUCGGUCGUCGUGGUACAAUUUUCUUGGCUGCAAUAUUCAGUCUCGUCGCACCUCUGGGCUCCGGCUUUACUCAACAUUGGGGCCAACUUGUUGCUUGCCGUGUUCUUCUUGGGCUUGGUAUGGGCCUCAAAGAAGUCACAGUUCCUGUUUACUCAGCGGAAAAUGCACCAACCAAUAUUCGUGGUGGAUUGGUCAUGUCAUGGCAGCUAUGGACGGCUUUCGGCAUUUUCCUGGGAACGUGCGCUAACUUGAUUGUGGCCAACACUGGAGAUAUCUCAUGGCGAUUGCAACUUGGAUCGGCGUUCAUUCCAGCAGUUCCACUUCUUCUUGGGAUCUGGUUUUGCCCCGAAUCACCACGCUGGUUGAUGACCAAGCGCAAUCACAAGAAGGCUUAUGCUUCUCUCCUCAGACUACGAAACAGCCCUUUGCAGGCCGCCAGAGAUUUGUAUCGCAUUCACGCACAACUGGAGAUGGAAAAGCAGUUGAUCAGCGAGUCAGGCUUCUCCAAGAGUGACAAUAUGGUUGUUCGUUUUGUGGAGCUUUUCACGGUGCCCCGUCUUCGGCGCGCUGUUCAAGCCUCUGGCAUCGUGAUGAUUGCGCAGCAGAUGUGUGGAAUCAACAUCAUCUCGUUCUAUUCCUCGACGAUCUUCCAGCUGGCCGGUGCUUCCAACAUCGAAGCGCUCCUCGCUUCAUUCGGGUUUGGGCUUAUCAACUUCAUAUUUGCCUGGCCCGCCGUGUGGACAAUUGAUACAUUUGGACGGCGGGGCCUAUUGCUGUUCACAUUUCCCCAAAUGUGCUGGACGCUCCUAGCAGCAGGGUUCUGCUUCUGGAUUCCCUCUAGUAGCAACGCACACAUUGGAAUGAUCGCAUUUUUCAUUUACCUAUUCGAUGCGUUCUAUUCCCCCGGAGAAGGACCCGUUCCCUUCACCUAUUCCGCUGAAGUGUUCCCUCUGUCACACCGAGAAGUUGGAAUGGCUUGGGCUGUUGCCACCAACAACUUCUGGGCUUCUGUGCUCUCGCUGACUUUCCCAUACAUGCUACGGGCGCUCACGCCACAGGGUGCAUUUGGAUUCUAUGCCUGCUUGAAUCUCGUCGCGUUUGUUUUGAUCUUUUUGUUCAUGCCUGAGACCAUGCAACGUUCCCUCGAGGAAUUGGACUAUGUGUUUGGCGUCCCGACCCGAACCCAUGCCAAAUACCAGCUUACCCAGGUUCUUCCGUGGUGGAUCAAGCGGUACAUUUUCAUGCGCAAGGAUGCUACCUGUCCUGAGCUGUAUAGGGUCACCUCGGAACAUGCCGCGGAUCGUCUGUUCGAGGUUUCAGUUCCUCCAGAGAAGAUUGAGAAGACAGACGAUCCUCAAGGCCAUGCGGAACAUGUUUAA